UUGGUCAUAUUGACCCCAAUAAGCCUCAUAGUUUUCUUGAAUAGCCCGUUUUUGUUGUGGCGUUUCUCGUUAUGCCCUAACCGAAGAAUUCACGCUUUCUAAACUGCCUCGGAGAAGUCGUCAAGUUCUCCAAGCCCCCUCAAAGUUCAUUCGACAGUCCCUCAAGUCGAUAUGGGGGCCUCUCAAUCCUCUGGCGUGUCUAAUGAAGCAUACCUCGGCGUCGGAUCUGUGCUUCUCGUACUAGCGGCUGUUUUUGUUGCCAUUCGCUGCACCAUCAGCUUUACACAAACAAAGAAGAUCCAUGUUGACGAUGGGAUCGCGGUCGUGGGACUGCUUUUCAUACUGGCGACUUUCAUUGUCCAGUACUAUAUAGAACAGGGCUUCCGCGACCCGACAACAUCGCCGGCAUGGACCAUUAAGAUGGGCGUUUGCGUCGUCAUCCUCAUCCUAUUUGCCCUGUGGACCACGAAAGCGCCGAUUCUCCUCCUUUACCUGAAGCUCUUCGGUGUUUAUCCUUGGCUUCGAUGGGCAUCCUAUAUCACGCUCGUGGUCACGGCCCUGUGCUUCAUCGCUGCUAUGGCCAUCACGCUCGCCCAUUGCGAUCUGACCGAUAGUUAUGCGGAACCCGCAACCUUGGAUAAAUGCAUCAGCGCAUCGGCGACCGGCGCCAUCUUCUCGGGCUUCAUCGCCGUCUUUGCCGACGUGAUCAUUUUCUGCCUUCCCAUUCCAGCGAUCGCACGCAUGAGGAUCGCGCUGUCCAAAAAGGUCGGGCUGGGGAUCAUCUUUUGCUCUGGUAUUCUUGCGAUCGUGUGUGGGAUUGUGUCGCUCUAUUACAAAUUCCUUUCCCAGCAGACAAAUAUUCCAAUCGGGUUGCGACUAGCCAUCAUAUUUCUCAUCCAUAUCGAAUGCGUUGUAGCCCUCUCGAUCGGCUGCGUUCCGGCGCUGAAGGCGUUCUGGUCCAAGUAUAUCUCCAAGUCGAUCGUGGUGGCUAAGGUAUCAGCGUAUACGAGUUCGACCAUCGUGGCGUCGAACAAGGCCCGCGCACUCAAAGGCCGGGUACAGACCGGACUCAGCACGACGGCGGUCUAUGAUUCCCAGCGAGAUGGCUCCUACAUUAUGAUGGAAUGAGGCAAUGGUAGUUUUCCAGAGUAUCUAAGCCCCGUUAUGUAGGUUGGUAUGAUGUUGCAAGAGUCGUACGUUGGUCGUACGUUGUAACGGUUACAUUGAUUCGUGCCUCUUUACUGCGUAGGCAGGCGUUAUAUUAAUCAACAGCUGUUCCUUUUUGGAUUCCGUUGGUAUUGAGCGCCACCGGCCCCGUCAUUGACCGAUUGGACGAUUAAUUAAGGUCUUUACAUAAUAGUUGUACUGUUAUACUAUUACAUAGUAUGUCCAUGCAUUGUUGAAGCCUUAGUAUUGUGGUUAGUGCUAUCCACGUUGAAGAGCCAAUUCAAUUCUUUUUGAAUGGAUCCGAGGACCAGCGCGUU